AUGUAUAACAUGAACGGUAGCAAAGUAUUCAGCAAGUUAGAUCUCAAGUACGGUUAUCACCAGAUUGAGUUGGACGAGAACUCGAGAGACAUAACUACGUUUGUUACGCAUAAGGGUCUUUAUCGCUACAAAAGACUUAUGUUUGGUAUAAAUUCUGCACCAGAGAAAUACCAGCAGGUUAUUUCGCAAGUAUUCCAUGACUGUGAAGGAGUACAAAAUAUAUCUGAUGAUAUUGUCGUCCACGCUGAAACUAAGGAAGAACAUGACCGUCGACUUGCGAAGGUGUUUGACAGGAUCUUGGAGAAUAAUUUGACAUUGAAUCGUCAGAAAUGUCAGUUAGGGAUGAAUCAGAUUCAGUUUAUGGGACAUAUGGUUUCAAUGGACGGCAUAGGGCCGACAGCAGAUCAAGUGAAAGGGAUCAUUGAGGCGAAACCUCCGACAUCAGGGGCUGAGAUACGAAGCUUCUUAGGAUUGGUGAAUUUUAGUGCCAGAUACAUUCCGGACCUGGCCACAGUUUCUGAGCCAUUACGGAAACUUACGAGGAAAGGUGCUGUGUUCUGUUGGGGAAAGGAAGAACAAGCCAGUUUUGAUAAGCUCAAGGGGAGUUUGUCUAGAGCAGAGACAUUAGGUCAUUUUAAGCUUGACGCUAGCAAGACGACAGUUGUAACCGAUGCUAGUAAUGUAGGAUUAGGAGCCAUGUUGAUUCAGUCAAAUGAUGGAAAUUCGCAGGUGAUAAGCUAUGCCAGCAAAGCGUUGACAGAUGUGGAGAAAAGGUACUCUACGACUGAGAAAGAAGCUCUUGCAGUGGUAUGGGCUUGCGAGAAGUUCCGAUUGUAUCUCCAGGGAGUCGCGUUUGAAUUGGUUACCGACCAUAAACCGCUGGAAGUGUUGUAUGGACCUAGGUCAAAACCUAACGCCAUGAUUGAGCGAUGGAUCGUGAAGUUAAUGCCAUACAAUUUCAAAGUUGUAUAUGCACCUGGAAAAACAAACAUCCCUGAUGCGUUAUCUAGGUUAGUGAACCCGGCUCUCAAAGUCAGUCCGACACCGAGUCAGCUAGAGUCUGAGACAGAAGAGUUUGUCAGGUUUACAGCAAGGGAGGCAACUCCAAUUGCGUUGUCUACUCGUGAGGUCGAGGGAAUGUCAAAGGUCGACCAAGAACUAUCUGACGUAAGAAUCUGUCUAAUGUCGCGUAGGUGGGACAAGUCGUGUCCAAUGUACUACCCAGUCAGAGAAGAACUCAGUCAAAUCGGUUACUUAGUGUUAAGAGGAACCCGGUUAGUAAUUCCGACAGCGUUGCGUAGGAAAUGUGUGGAGUUAGCUCACCAAGGACACUUAGGUAUCGUGGGAACGAAACAACUCCGAACUAAAGUGUGGUGGCCGCGUAUGGACAAGGAUGUAGAAAACUAUGUGAAAGCGUGUCAUGGCUGUCAAAUUGUUGAUAGUUCUACACACGCUGAGCCAGUAACGCCCACACCCUUGCCGAUAGGACCAUGGCAAGAUCUAGCGAUUGAUCUCAUGGGACCGCUCCCAACCGGACACUAUGUAUUUGUCGUGGUUGAUUAUUAUAGCAGAUAUUAUGAGCUGGAAAUUACUAAGGACAUGUCUACCGGAAAGCUGAUUGAUGUGUUAGAGACUAUGUUUAGUCGUUAUGGGUUACCGUGCUCUGUCACGUCCGAUAAUGGACCCCAGUUCAAGUCCGAUAUGUUUAGAGAGUACAUGGAGGAGAAUGCCAUACACCAUCGUCGCGUAACACCAUUGCAUCCAGCCGCGAAUGGGGAGGUAGAACGACAGAAUCGGUCUUUACUCAAGCGUAUUAAAAUCGCGCAUGCCGAGUCAAAAGAUUGGAAAAAUGAACUCAGAACUUAUCUUUUAGCCUAUCGGACGACGCCACAUGCGACGACAGGAGUGUCGCCAGCUGAAUUAAUGUGGGGUACGAAAUUACCUCAGGUGGAACAGUUAGAGCGACAUGUUGAUGAAAGUGUUCGCGAUCGCGACAGUGAAAUGAAACACAGAAAUAAACUUUAUAUUGAUCAGAAACGCGGAGCUGUCGAGUCAGCUUUAGAAGCUGGAGACACUGUGUUAGUCAAGCAGAAACGGGUGCGUUCGAUUGGCAUAUACUUGCUCGACCUAAAUAGGCAGGUUCGACUGUAG